CGACAGCAAUGGACAACACCGCGCGGCGAGUACAGCUACGCGCAUGAGAUGUCGUCCAGCCGCGCCGGCGGGGGCGACGACGACGUCGACGGGGCGGAGGGCGGCGGGGAGCGGGCCAGGCGAAGCGUGCUCGACACCCGCAACGUGGUGGUCAACCUGCGGGCGCUCGCGAUCACCAGCGUGGCGGUGGACACGUGCAAGCUGGCGCUGGCCACCGUGACCACGGUGCACCGGCAGCCUAACCGGGGCUUCGUCUUCCUCGCCUCCAUCGCCGUGUGGUCGCUGUCCGCCAAGCUGGCCGUCACAGUCGCCAGCCUGGCCGCGUACGGGCUCGUCUUCUGGGCCGCGUCCCGCGAGGCCCGCCGUCCCAUGAUGGUCGCCGCGGCGGUGUUCGCGGUCGCCAUCGCGAUGCGCUUCCUAUUCAUGAUCGAGGGCGCCGUCGUGGUGCUCCAGGAGAGCACGACGCAUGCGUACACCGCCAACUCGAGUUCAGAGCAAGAUGCGGCGCACCUCCAUGUGCUCACCAAGUUAGAGCUUCACGGACCAAUGGUGCAUCUGAAGCAUGAUAUCUUGGACGCUCACAGUUCCAACACAUAUGUUGCACCAGCACCACCUGCUCCAAGAGUUUUGGACAUUGUGCUGAAGAUAUUGCAAGUGAACAUCAUCCACACAUGCUCUGUGGCGGUGCACGUUGUUUUUCUUCUGGUCCUUCGAAAGUACAUGCGAUGCACAAAGGCCAAGCAGCGCCUUGAUGACAUGCCGGCUGAAGCACGGACGUGAAAUCUGAGUGCACAAAGAUGACCUCAAAGAGACAACUCUGCGU